AUGGCGCUGGACAAGAGCCGCAUUUCAAUUCUCAGCUCCACUAAAGUGGAUGGCGACAAACUCAGCAGUGUAGGGGAUACAAUGGAGUCCCUGGUCCCCGCUAGCCGUCGGCUGCAGCUUGAGGAGGAGAGGUGCUGCCCUCUUUGCUGUGUCACGUACGGCGCCCUCAUCUCCAGCGCCGCGGUGUUUUGUAUCGCGGCAUCCGGCACCGCAGUGUCUAUCUUUGCAGAGUCGCGCGUGAACUAUACAGUGAAUGGUGCGAUGCGGCAGACUGCAUGGAUUGCGUUCCCUGGCGUGCUGGUAGGUGCCACGCUGCAUUACUUCAUGGCAGAGGCGAUGUGGAGCAGCAAGAGGAACUCGUGGGGU